AUGUGCGGCCCAGAAUUCACAAACAGACCUCGAGGCGGCGCUCUCGCCGCUCUCACUCCUCCCAUCAACUCCAUCUCAUCCAAUAUCUGCGGUGAUCUCGCUUUUCACACUCCCGGAAGUCCUUCGAGCUCGAGAGCAACACAUGCAAGACUCACUCCAAGUGAAGAGUGCAGUAUGAAGAGCUUCUGCGACUUAUACGUUGUUAUUCAUGGUGAUUUGACAAGAAACGCCAACGAAUGCGGACUCUUCCGCCAGUUUUCUCUCCAAACGACCACGACAUCUCCCGAGUAUGUUGAGUUGCCGCUCCAAGGGCCGUUAUCACUUGAGGUUGGGGGUGAUGGAAUCAUAGGAAGACGUGUUUCAGUGUAUUCAAGGCUGGCUUCUGGAGACAAGAUCGUUGCUGAAGGCAUCGUGGGCUUCAAUUUCAUGAGCCAGGCAGCACCUGACGAGACUUCUUGUCCUUCAUCGCCGUCACCAUCGCUAUAG